ACGGCCAUGGGAAUGGCCGAGCCCGAGCUCGUCAUCGCGGCAGCCUAUCGCCGAGGCACGAUGACACUGACACCAGAAUCCGUCACACCCCUUCCGGGCCUCGGCGUGCAGCUCGCGACGGUGCGAGGGUUCGGCGUGGGUCCAAAAUCAACUGCAAGGCAGUUCGUGCCUCUCGACGACAUAUCCACCGUCGUCAUCCACGAGGGGCUGCGGCGCUGGAGCGUGCGGUACUACCUCGGCGUCGUCCGGAAGCGGGGAAAUGUGGUCGUCGCGUUCGAUGCUGUGCAUCCCCAUCCCGAGGUGCUGCGCGAGGUGUAUCAUGGCGUGCGGGAGGCUCUGUAUGAGGAGUACGCAGGCGACGCGAGCGAGACGGGAGAAUAG